CACUGUCCUAAUUCUCAACUAAAGCAGUAUCAGUAUGUCUAUCUCUCCCUCUCGAGCUCAACCAACCACAGCCCCCGACUUUGUCACCUUGAACUGUCCAGCGUCACCGUCGUUGUUUCUCGCCGGAAAAGAAGCAUAGCUCCGUCACCAUCUUUUUGGUUUCAGUCAUCAGGCGUCAAUCAACUUGUCAUCCGACAAUUCUGUAGUUGUUCCGUCACCGGACUUGUCUCAGUCAUCGCCCAACUCGCCGUGCUACAAUGCAAGAAAACAUCUAUGAAACUUGUUCAGAAGACAUCAGCGAUGAUGAGGUCUAUUUGACCGACCACCCAAAUGAUGAUGAAGAAGAUUAUUAUAUGGGUUCUAUAUCAAAGUUACAAUUCAGGAAAGAUAUUUCUAAGGCUGUUUGGAACGACAAAUUAGGGAUGGCUGAGGUUGUGGAAAAGAAGGGUAAGAUGUGGACAACAACAGCAAUUAUUCGGAACGGCAAGACAUUUUGCUCAAUUGAGGAGACUUUGUUUUUGGCUGAAAUCGGGGCAUUGCUCCUCUUGGAUGAUAAUGAUUCGAGUCUACCUUUAAAAUUUAUUUAUGAGAAGGUUGCAAAAGCGAAGACCGGAUGUUCUUGGGAGCUUUUUGAAGUUUAUAGGCAUCUAAAGUCUCUUGGUUACAUAGUGAGGCGGCAUGGUGUUCCCUGGACUAAGAAGAUCACUGAAGGUAAAAAUGUUGACAUCAUCAGUGACUCUGUUUCUCUUCAAGGCUCUCAAGAAAGAAAUGAAGAUAUGGAUCUCGAAUCAAGGAAAGCUGGUUCUAUUAUUGAUUUAUUCAGUCAUUUGCAGAUUAAUGAAGCAGGACCAGUUUUCGAUGUUUAUCUUCCGAACAGAAAGUUUAAGAAGUCUUGUCCUGGUGAUCCAAACUUUAUGUUAUACUUAAUGAGAGAAAGUAAAGGUGACUGAUAAGUUUAUUUUCCAUCAACAGAAAGAUAAGUAUGUGUGACAAUCUAUGUGCUAACCUACUAGGUCAUCACCAUCUAAAGAAAUUUACUCAUUGUGGCAUUAUAUAUAUAUUGGAUGCCAUUCUUAUUUUGAAAACUAUUUGCAUAAAGUACACAACAUCUUGGCACUCUUGGCGAAUCCUUUGUUGAAUUUGUAAGAAAUCAUUCCAGCAGAGCGUAUUUGAAUUAUAGAUUCAUUGAACUGUAAUUUACCUAUGAAGGUUUACAUUCCUUAUUAUGUUAAAUUGAUAAGAAAGUAAUUUUAUUUUUAAUGUGUGAUAUUUGUAUCUUGCAUCAUGAGAAUUACAACUGGCUUCAAAAGAUUAUACCUGCUUGUGUGAGAAUUUAUUUCUUCUUUUUCAUGAGAACUGUCUUUUACAGUUGGUUCAACACUUUUUUUAGCAUUCAUAUGAAGAUGGAGGGCAACUAUGAACUUCAUUUUCUAUUUUGCUCACUCUUGCAUUUGGGUUGUCCACAAGUGUUAUACGAUCUUGGAAUUUUGGACUGCUAUGUAUUUCUAAAACUUUACAUGGAGACUUGUGUAAUUACUAGCCAACGAUCUUACGUGGAAAGCAUAUGAAUCUGCAAGAACUUUUUACCUUUAUUGACAAACCCUCUGACAGCUUCCUUUUCUUAUAUGGGUAUAUGGUUUUAAUAAAGAUGUAUCCACAAGAUAAUCUGCAUAUGUUCUACUUCUUAGUUUAACGUUUAAUAAAAAUAAGGCUGUUUUUUUUUACUGACUAUUUUCUGGAGGUUGACUCUGGAAACUAAAGGUGGAAGUUCAUACGUGUUUUUGAAAAAUAUAAAAUCUUUAUCCAAGAAGCUGUCUUAUGCUGCAAGCAAAGCCAUGAGGGAAAAUUUUAGUUGUCAAUUUGCGUUGAGCUUUAGAUUACAUCUUUACUAGUUCUUACUAAUUUCUUUAAGAAGCAUGUUUAUUCAUUGUUUAAUAAGUUUUACAUGUCUAAUCUUAUUUAAACUUUCCCUUUACUUGCCUUUUC